AUGAAACAGCGAUUCUCCUCCCUGGACGUUCGCGUCAUCGCUCACGAGCUAUCCAGCAGUCUCGUGACCCUGCGCCUGGCGAACAUUUACGAUCUCUCCUCACGCAUCUUCCUCCUCAAAUUCGCCAAACCUGACCACCGCGAACAAUUCAUUAUAGACUCAGGUUUUAGAUGUCACCUUACGGAUUUUGGGCGUGCUACGGCUACGACACCGUCGCCGUUCGUUGCUCGACUCCGCAAGUUUCUCCGCACGAGACGAGUCACGGCUGUUGAACAGAUUGGUACCGAUCGUGUUCUCGAAAUUCGAUUCUCAGAUGGCGCCUACAGACUGUUCCUAGAGUUCUACGCCGGAGGCAACAUAGUUCUGACCGACAACGAGCUUACAAUCUUGGCUUUGUUGCGAAGCGUGAAUGAGGGAGAAGAGCACGAGCAAUAUCGACAAGGGCUCAAAUACAACUUGUCGUUACGACAGAACUUCGAUGGAAUUCCAAAAUUGACCAAGGAUCGUUUACGGGACGGCUUGCAGAAAGCUGCAGAGAAGCAGGCGGUCGAAGCUCAGAAGACGGGCAAGAAGAUUAAGAAGAAGCCGGGUGAUGCGUUGAGGAAAGCUUUGGCAGUGACUACAACCGAAUUUCCGCCUAUUUUGAUCGACCAUGCACUGCAUAUAUCCAAAUUCGAUCGCUCACUCCAGCCGGAAGAUGUUAUAGGGAACGAAGAAAUUCUGGAUCAACUCUUGCAGGCACUCGGCGAGGCACAGAAUGUCAUCUCGGAUAUAACGAGCAAGGAGACCACCCGAGGGUACAUUUUGGCAAAAUGCGCCCCAGGAGUCAAAGAAGGCGACACCUCAGAAGAGAAGGAGAACAAACAAAGCCUUCUGUAUGAUGACUUUCACCCAUUUAAGCCAGCACAACUUGCCGAAGAUUCGUCGAUCGUUUUCCUCGAACAUGAAGGCUUUAAUAGCACCGUGGAUGAUUUCUUCUCGUCUAUCGAAGGACAAAGAGUGAACUCUCGGCUCCAGGAACGUGAAGAUCAAGCCAAACGGAAGAUCGAGAGUGCCCGGAAGGAGCAAUCGAAACGUCUUGAUGGUCUUCAGCAGGUACAAGAGUUGAACGUGCGGAAAGCGCAGGCAAUAGAGGCAAAUGUUGAGCGAGUUGAUGAGGCGGUCGCAGCAGUCAAUGGUCUUAUUGCGCAAGGAAUGGACUGGGUCGAUAUCGGCAAAUUAAUCGAGAAUGAACAAAAGCGGCAUAACGCAGUGGCCGAGAUGAUCAAAUUACCGCUCAAGCUCCACGAGAAUACCAUCACGUUACUAUUGGCUGAGAUCGAGAGUUUCGAUGACGACGAGAUGGCGAACGAGACAGACAGUGAUUCGUCCGACGCUGAAAAUGAUAGCACUGCCAGGACAUCGGGAACAGCUUCGAGACCGGAGGACAAGCGGCUUUCCAUCGAUAUCGAUCUGGCUGUUUCAGCAUGGUCCAAUGCUCGACAGUACUAUGAUCAAAAACGAACAGCAGCGGUCAAGCAAGAGAAAACUGCACAAUCAUCUCAGAAAGCAUUGAAGAGCACUGAGCAGAAGGUCAUGGCGGAUCUCAAGAAGGGCUUGAAGCAAGAAAAGGAAGUUCUCCGUCCAGUUCGAAGGCAGUUCUGGUUUGAAAAGUUCAUUUAUUUCAUCUCCUCAGAUGGUUAUCUCGUGAUUGCUGGAAGAGACAUACAGCAAAGUGAAAUCCUUUACCGCAGAUAUUUGAAAAAAGGCGAUGUUUACGUUCACGCAGAUUUGUCCGGUGCGGCUAGUGUCAUCAUCAAGAACAAAGCUGGAACGCCGGAAGCACCGAUCCCCCCUUCGACACUUUCGCAAGCUGGCAGUCUUUCUGUGUGUACCAGCAGCGCAUGGGAAAGCAAGGCUAUCAUGUCCGCGUGGUGGGUCAAUGCCGAGCAAGUUUCUAAAACAGCUGCUACAGGCGAAUACUUGGCGGCGGGAGACUUCUCUAUCCGAGGCCAAAAGAACUUCUUACCACCGGCCCAGCUUCUGCUCGGUUUCGCUGUGAUUUUCCGUAUCAGUGAAGCGAGCAAGCAGCGCCAUGCCAAGCAUCGUGUCCAAAGUCCGGAUGAUGCGCGACAGACACCGGUGUCUGCGAACGCAGAGUCGCUGGUUGUGAAAGACAACGGAGACGCCCGAUCUGACGAUGAUGAUGAUUUCUCUGAUGCUCAGGUGGCUACGACCACGGGGCAAGCAGAUACUGAGGAUGACGAUGACGACGACUUUCCCGACGCCCCCAGAGAUGCUAAUAUCACAGACGACGAAUUUCCAGAUGCGCGGUCUGCAACUCACGAGGAUAACCAUGAAGAAGACGACCACAAAGUCUACAAAUCGGCCAAUCCAUUGCAAUCUAAUUAUCAAGAAUCAGCAGCCGGAAAUCAGAAGGGAGAUGGCGCUGAAAAGGAAGACGACGACGAUGAUGACGAUGAAGGGGACGAUGAACAGGGUAAACCCGUGGAGCAAGGUGCGAAACCUUCGAAGCAACAUUUGAAAGGCAAGAAAGGCAAGGCACGCAAAGCUGCAGCCAAGUACGCAAAGUACGCCCUACAGGAUGAAGAGGAGCGCGAAAUAGCCAUGCGGUUACUUGGCUCGAAGACGGCGAAAGAUAAGCAAGAAGCAGGAGUGAAAGCUCAGGUUUCGAAGUCUGAAUCGGCCGAGGAGGCUCGAGCACGCCGAAAGGCUCAACAUGAUAAGACGCAACGCGAAGGCCUCGAAGCGGAGGAGAAACGCCGAAAACAAUUCCAGGCGGGAGAAGCUGCAGAAGAUGUUGAAGAUGAAGAUGACGAGGAGUCUCAUAACCUGGUUCAACUUGAUGAGCUCGUCGGUACGCCCUUACCCGGCGACGAGAUUCUCGAAGCGAUUCCUGUUUGUGCGCCGUGGACGGCAUUGAGUAAGUACAAGUACAAAGCCAAGAUGCAGCCCGGUCAGCAGAAGAAGGGCAAGGCAACUCGAGAAAUCGUCGGGAAAUGGACCAAGGAUGGCAGUGAUCCCAAGAAAGUCGACCAGCAAAGCGAUGAUAUUGAGCGGAUCUGGCCUCGCGAGAUAGAGCUUCUGAAGACUUGGAAGGAGGCCGAGAUUGUCGGCAUAAUCCCUGUCAAGCAGGUUCGGGUCAUGAUGAGUGGAGGAGGUACAGAGAAGACUAAAGCUGGUCAGGGUGGAAAGUCAGGUCGAGGCGGGAAGGGCUCCAAGAGGAGAUGA